GGAUGGGCGCUAAAAGGCAACCAAAAGUUGGAAGUCAAGAUAAAAUAAGCACACAGGACAUGUUUAAUGAACUCCUGAAAUAUGUUAAGAGCAGAGACAUAGAAGAGGAAGAUAUUCCAAAAAUUUCUACAAUACAAAAUUGGUUAAGCUCAUAUGCUCGUGCUUUUAAACAAAAAGCAACAGACAAUGAGCUUGAGUUGGGUAAUUUAAAACUUCACUCAUAUAACAUUUCACAAAUCUAA